AUGAAUGCUGUCCAUCAUAUCGAUGAAUUAGUUAAAGAAUAUCUAUUGUUUCGAGGAUUUUCAAAUACUUUCCGUGCAUUCGAACAGGAGAGCAGAAACGACAGGGAUAAAGGAUUUCAGGCUGACAAAAUUGUUGAAGAGUUAUAUUCAUUUAUAAUAAAUAGCGAUAUCAAUGGGCUUAUUGAUUAUUGGCGAUAUCUUGAUGUGCGAUACUUUUCUCGAUUAGAUGGACGUUUCCUUGGAGCUGUGAACAAGUUUGAAUUAUGUCUUUUAAGAUAUUAUCUUGUAUAUGCUGCUCAACAAAAGAGGAAAGAAAAGAUAAUGGAAUUUUUUGAUACGGCCGGGCCAGAAUUAAGUUCCAAUCCGGAAUGGACAAAAUGGUUUGGCCUUCCAUUCUCCAAGAGUCCAGCGACAGAUCCAAAUUUUGAAACGUUUUUUACUAAACAGUGGCUAGAGACAUUUACGGUGUCUCUUCAUAAUUUCCUUAAUACUAUUUUUCAAAACAUGCCAUUGCCUGCUCUCUUGUGUUUCAACAUUGACAGGUUACAAAUACGGGCAAUGCAGACAGAAAUAGAAACUCUUCAAUCAGUGAUUGAGAAUUUGAAAACGGAAAUUGAACCUGGCGGUGAUAUUGAAGUAACAACGAACACGAAAAAAAAGACGAGAGCUGAUGCAUCAACUGCAUCCAAGUCAAGAAAACGCGCUGUUUCGAUGCAAGAAGGGAAAGAACGAGAGUCAUCAUUGAUUGAACGACUAUCACGAGGAAAUAAUUCUACUCAUAGUAUUACAUCAAAGUCUUUACAUGACGGUGAUGCUUCUCGUUCUUUAUUCGAUCUCGAUCGAAGUGGCACACCGAUAUCGGAUCAUGCUACUAUGGACGAGGCUGUAUUGGAGGGCACGCGCGAGGAAAUCGCCGACGCCGUUGAGACAACCUAA